ACAAUCCAUUCCUUCUCUUUCCAACUCUUCCCUUAUCCUCUUUCCAACCAAAAAUCAUUGUUAGGAUGUCUCGUUUGAGGCUAGGAAAGAAGCUUCAACCUGCUAAGAAGGCUUGGAAGAGCUUCUCCAACACACUGCAAUCAAAAGUCUACAAACUCAACAUCCCAAAAGUCAUGAAAGCCACCUUUAAACGCCUCCUUGUCACCUUACAUUCCCUUCAUCAGUUCAUACCCUCCAGAGCUCGUCGCUCUCUCACUAGUAGAAGACCAUAUGCUGCUUCUAACUACCAUGUUCAGAGCAAGAACAUAUCUGCCAUAUGCAUAGAUGACCUUUUUGGUGAGGCUGCUUCUUCUAUGCAUAUGCAUGCCAACAAGAAUCAUGCACAAGGAGAAACAAGUAGAGGCAAAGAAGUGAUUGGCAAGAGGGAUUUGGCAGUAGGGAGCAGUGGCAUAAAUAUUGAGGAUGCAUGGAAGGCUGUGAUUGCUAAGUCACCUCACUUGCAGGUGGAUGAGAGGGCGGAGGAAUUUAUCUCCAAGUUUCAUGAGGAUAUGAGGCUUCAGAAAGAGAGGUCUCUGCUGGAAUUCCAGGAAAUGAUAGCCCGAAGUUCCUGAAGUGAAGUUUCAUGUCCAC